CACUUACACCACAAGCCGAGAUUUAUGAAAAGUAUGAAUAUAAUGAUGACAGAUCUAAUAUAAUUACUAAUAUAAUUACUACACCACUAGAUAAGAUUUAUGAGUCAGAAAAUGAUGAUGACGGAUCUCUUUCAAACGGACUUAAUGUUGAAUCCUUAAACACUACCGGCAAAUUUUCUACUUUUAUAGUCUCUUUUGAUCAAUUCUCUCAUAAUCUUUUUGUUUGGAAUAAUGAAAUUUUAAAUAGUGAUAAUUAUCUUGAUCUAUACAAAAUAGCUUCCAAAUUUAGAAAAGUCAAUAAACUAAAGCAACCUUUCCCGUGUUUCUUAGAAUCAGAUAUCAAAAUAAAUAAUCCUAAUGAAGCUCUCACCGUUUUAGAUACUCAUUCGAAUGAUAAGUUUGCCUUACGGCUUCAAGGAGAAGUAAUGAUCGAUAUUUCGACUGAAUUAUUGAAAAUGAAUCUAAAUAACGAAGAAGAGAUAUUGCAUAUCCAAGCUCAAGCAUAUACUAAAAUUGGUAAAAAUUCGAUCUGA